GUCACAUUGAAACGAGCGGUAGUGUUUGUCGCCCGCGUAAAAACCGUUGUAACUUGAAAUAAGACACUAAUACAGAAAAGGCUUGAAUAAUGAGGAGAGUCGACAGAAUAUUGGAUUUGGCAAAAGCAUUAAAGGACGAAGAAUCCGAUAAUAUACGAGAGAAAGAGAAUAUUGAGCCUACCGUUUCGCCUUCAAUAAUACAUUCUACUCAUGGCGCUAAUCCUAUACAAGACAAUAUUUCUAAAGAAAAAUCGUCAUCAGAUUCUUCAAAUUCAUCGAGUUCCAGUUCGUCGUCAUCAUCCUCAUCGGAUACAGUAUCUAUCAUAGAAGGCUCCGAAGCCAGCUUUGUAGAAGACUCCGAUGAUUCCGUAAGAGAUCCUGAUUUUGUAAGACCAAAUAAUAAAGGAGUUGUUAUUAGAGAGACCGAUGAUAGUGAUCAUGAAGAUGCUUCUGGCCUAUCAACUGUUGUUAUAGAACCUGUACCAACAUCAUCAAACAAUUUGCAAUCUCUAACUGGUUUAGAUUCACAGAGGAAAAAUACAAGGAAACGUGUAGCAAAUCCUAAAGAGUGGAGGCAAAAUAAAGCAAAGUUUCUUCGAAACACAGGUUUAGAAUAUAAAACUAAAAAAAAUAUAACAAAACGAGCUAGAUAUGUAAAACCACCAUGUAAUGAAAAAUGCCGUCUAAAAUGUGCAGAAAAGAUAACAGCGGAAGACCGGACUGCUAUUUUUAAAUACUAUUGGGAACUUAACCCUAGAAAGCUAACGUUCGUCAAAAUGACGACUACUGGCAACAUUUUUCUAUCUCCCUCUAACACCGGUUAG